AUGGCCUGCUUUAUUGCUGAGCAUAAUCUGUCUUUUAACAUAGCAUCUCAUUUGAAUAAAUUGAUUUGCGCUGUAUGUCCAGAUUCGAAAAUUGCGGAACAAUUAUCAAUAAGGCGCACAAAAGCUAGAGCUAUUAUUGUUAAUGUAACUGAGCAGACAGCAGAAGAAAAAAUAAUAGAGAUGUUACAAAACAAUUGCUUUGCAUUACUUGUUGACGAAAGCACAGAUAAGUCUACGAUAAAACAUUUAGCGCUUGUCGUAAGAAUAGUAAAAUUAGAUUUCAGCGUUGAAGAUAGAUUUCUGACUUUAAUACCAAUCGUAGAUUGUACAGCAACAGCGUUGUAUGGCAAAAUAGUAGAAUAUUUUGUUGAAAAAAAUAUUCCUUACAAAUCAAACAUGAUAGGCUUUGCUUCUGAUGGCGCUAACGUUAUGUUUGGAGAUAAACAUUCAUUGGUCACUUUGUUUAAAAAUGACAUACCUCACCUUUUUACUAUGAAGUGCAUUUGUUAUUCUUUUAACCUUUGCGCAUCAUACGCAUGUGAGAAAUUGCCAAGGGGCGUGGAAGAUUUCUGUAGAGACGUAUAUAAUCAUAUACAAAAUUCUCCAAAACGUAUUGGAGAUUUCAAAACAUUUCAAGCAUUCACAAAUAUUAAACCACACAAAUUGCUCCACCCUAGCCAAACCAGAUGGUUGUCACUUAUUAAGGUAGUAAAUAGGCUUCUGGAACAAUUACCAGCUAUAAAAUUGUAUUUUUAA